AUGGCUGAACAAGAAGAAGCUGAUAUAGCCCCUGAGGAAACCCCAGGAUAUAAAGCACCCGAAAUGAAAUCGAUCGAAGAGAUUCAAAAUCUGGAUAAGGAGGAUGAAAGUUUAGUACGAUAUAAGCAAGCUCUGCUUGGCGCCGCGGCGGCCGGUGGAAACGUUGGAGAUUCUUCUGAUCCCCGAAAAGUAAUUGUUCAAAAAAUCUCUCUAGUUGUCGAAGGUCGCGAUGACUUCUCCUUAGAUCUCACAGGUGAUAUAUCCAAACUGAAAGAGCGGGCUAUUACGAUUAAGGAAGGAUGUGAAUAUCGGAUCAAAAUCUCUUUUAAGAUUCAACAUGAAAUCGUGUCAGGAUUAAAAUACAUGCAAGUCGUAUCACGAAAAGGCAUCAGAGUGGACAAAAGUUCCUACAUGGUUGGUAGUUAUGGACCAAGUCCUAAUAGUCAUCAUUACACAACCCCUGUUGAAGAAGCACCGAAAGGUAUGCUUUCGCGUGGACACUACUCAGUUAAGAGUAAAUUCACUGAUGACGAUAAAAAUAUCUAUUUAUCGUGGGAAUGGUCAUUCGAUAUUAAAAAAGACUGGAAUUAG